AUGCCCAGAAGCACAAAUCACCGUAUUGAGACACCAAAAAAGGCGAAGAUCAAGGGUGCUGCGGAGUUCAUGGACGCAAAGGGCAUCACAUACUUUCACAGCGAUUUGUUCAGCUUCUAUGGCGUCAACAAGCACCAGGGAUGGGCAAUAUUAAACGACAAAGACGAUGAGAGCAGCCAUGUCGGAUGGGAUGCAAGGGUACUUUCUUGGCCACAAUUAGCUUAA